GUGGCUGUCACCACUACAGAGGCUACCAACAUAAGACACAAUCCAGGAAACAAAAUGCGACCUGGAGUUAGAUUAUGAAGUGUAGGAAAUAGCUUUCACCUUAGGCACAGAGAUGCGAAAAGGAUUACGGAUUCUUUUAGGAAACAAUAUUAUUCGUACCUGUAAGAUGACAGUCAUAUAUGUAGUAAUAUAUUCCAUAGACAGUGAUCAAACAAUUCAAAAUUCCCUCGCGUCUAUCGAAUUCCAUCAUCAGCUCGCGUCUACCGUUGCUGAUCAC